AAUAGCAAUGAUUGGAUUUUUAAAUAUCUAUUAGCAAAGCAACAUGGAAAUUCAGCAGACGUCCCCCAGCCUGGCCGUAUCGGAUACGAACAGCACCUGCGAGUACCUGGAUGCAGAGGGCGAGCCGGAUCCCAGCGAUGUGGACAGCAAUUUGUACGAGGAGGCGGAUCACGAUCAAGAGGCUGACCAACAGAAACAUAGUAUUAUCUCUGCGCUACGUGACGGACUGGGGCCAAAUGCUAGCUCCACCAGCACCAUCAGCCCGGAGCCAGGAAAGUCCAAGGGCCUGGCCGCAUCCGUGGAAUCCCUAGCCCUAAGUACUUCCACCAGCGCCAAGACGGAGGAUAGCAGCAGCAGCUGCGCCGUCUUGGACGACGACCAGCACGACUAUCAACACGACAGCGUGUGGCGCGGACGGAAGAAGCACAUCUUUAUACUCAGCGAGGCGGGCAAGCCGAUCUUUUCGCUCCACGGCAACGAGGACAAGCUGGUCACCCUCUUUGGAGUCAUUCAGGCCCUGGUCAGUUUCGUGCAGCUCGGACAGGAUGCCAUCACGUCCAUACAUGCGGGCGGCAUCAAGUUCGCCUUCAUGCAGCGCAGCUCGCUCAUCCUGGUGGCCGCAACGCGCACCAACAUGAGUGUGCAGCAGUUGCAUCUGCAACUGGGGGAUGUCUACAAUCAGAUCCUAUCCAUACUGACCUACUCACACAUGACGAAGAUAUUCGAGAAGCGCAAGAACUUCGAUCUCCGUCGUCUGCUCUCCGGUAGCGAGCGGCUGUUCUUCAAUCUUCUGGCCAACGACAGCAGCAGUGCUCGCGUGUCCAACAACAUCUUCACAUUUUUGACCAACUCUAUCCGCGUCUUCCCGCUGUCGACGACAGUUCGGUCGCAGAUAACCGGCGCCAUACAGAGCAACUGCUCGAAGAUCAAAAAUCUGGUGUUUGCCGUGCUGAUAGCCAAUAAUAAGCUGAUUGCAUUGGUGCGCAUGAAGAAGUACUCGAUUCAUCCCGCAGAUCUGCGCCUGAUUUUUAAUCUGGUCGAGUGCUCGGAGUCCUUCAAGAGCUCCGAGAACUGGUCACCCAUCUGCCUUCCCAAGUUCGACAUGAACGGGUAUCUGCAUGCCCAUGUCUCUUAUCUGGCCGACGACUGCCAGGCCUGCUUGCUGCUGCUCUCAGUGGAUCGGGAUGCAUUUUUCACGCUGGCCGAGGCCAAGGCCAAGAUCACCGAGAAGCUGCGCCGAAGCCACUGCCUGGAAGCCAUCAACGAGGAACUUCAGCAGCCGUUCAAUGCUAAACUGUAUCAGCAGGUCUUGGGCAUUCCCGAGCUGCGACACUUCCUGUACAAGCCCAAGGCGACCGCCCAGCUGCUGUGUCCCAUGCUCAGGCAUCCGUACAAGUCGCUGCAAGAGUUGGAGCGCCUCGAGGCGAUUUACUGCGGUCUGCUGCAUCGCAUCCACAACAGCUCCCGGCCGUUGAAGCUUAUCUACGAGGUGAAGGAGCGCGAAGUAGUGUUGGCCUGGGCGACGGGUACGUACGAGCUGUACGCCGUCUUCGAGCCGGUGGUUGACAAGGCCACGGUGAUCAAGUACGUGGACAAGCUGAUCAAAUGGAUUGAAAAGGAGUACGAUGUGUACUUCAUACGGAGCCAUGCUACUUUCUGAUCAACCUUAGCCCCCCACAUUUCAACGAGUUUGCCGUGGAGAGCAUUUGUAUAGCUAUCAAGUACAUAGUGACAUUGCAAAUUGUGAGAUAAAAUAUAUAACUAUUUUUAUAUAUAAACAAACAUCCGCCUGUUGCCGCCUAAUUGUUAAUGUGUCAAGCCGGACUGAUGUUGUUGCGUUGCAGUUUUGACGGCCUUUAUUUAACUUAACCAUGUAUACCAUUAAAACGCAUGUAUGUACAUUUUUAACUUAAGUAAAUCCUAAAAAAUA